CCACUAAGACCAAGAGGGAUUCAAACGCGUUUUGAUUUUAAUGCAGAAACAUUGCAUCCAGUCAAUGGGACCAACGCGUGCUGCAUUAGCUGGACUCAUUGUCUGCUUCUGGAAGGAAGCAGCUGAAAAUAUUUAAAUUGAUCAGGAAAUAGAUCGGAUAGCUCAGAAAGGAGUGUCCAUUUGACAGACAUUUUGCCUAGCUAACCACUGUAAACAGCAGGACACGGCUAAAGACCCCAUUGUAGUGGGGAAAAUGGUCCAAAAUCACGCCUUGAUAAUAUGAGGUAGAACCGCGGUUUUGUUGCAGUCGGAGACUGAGUAUUGAUGCAUCAAAGGACCUCCUCGAUUGUAGAUCAGUGAAUACCGGACUUCUUUCUUCUUUCUCGACUUUCAGUGUUGCUGAAAAUCUCAGCGGGUAAAAUCUUUGAUUCCGAAGAGUUCCUUGUUCACAGCGCGAUGAAUUUCCAGUCGAGUGUCCCUGUAUCCGUGUCGGUCUCCGGUAUCUCCCAGCAGUCGCAACCGGCCAUGCCCACCCCAGGCACCGUCCCAGCGCCUGUUCCAGUACCGGUGCCCCAGUCCGUUCCACCCCAGUUCGGAUCCGGAUCGUCUGCAAGCUCAGGGGCGGGUCAGUUUGGCUCGGGAACCGUAUCAGGCCCAGCUGCCCAAUCUGGCCCGUCUGGCUCCCAGUUUGUCCUGUCCAACUCCGCAGCCAUAAGGGCAGAAAUCCAUAGGUUUGAGUCCGUCCACCCGAACAUUUAUGCAAUUUACGACUUGAUCGAGCGCAUAGAUGACCUGGCCCUUCAGAAUCAGAUCCGAGAGCACGUUAUCUCCAUUGAAGACUCCUUUGUCAACAGUCAGGAAUGGACAUUGAGUCGGUCAGUACCAGAGCUCAAAGUGGGCAUCGUGGGGAACCUCUCGAGCGGGAAGUCGGCCCUGGUGCACCGCUACCUGACAGGAACAUAUGUUCAGGAGGAGUCACCUGAAGGGGGCCGAUUUAAAAAGGAGAUCGUUGUGGAUGGACAAAGCUACCUGCUUCUGAUCAGAGAUGAAGGAGGACCUCCAGAGCUACAGUUUGCUGCCUGGGUGGAUGCUGUGGUAUUUGUCUUCAGCCUUGAGGACGAGAUCAGUUUCCAGACAGUCUACAACUACUUCCUGCGUCUGUCUAGCUACAGGAAUACAAAUGAGGUGCCCAUGGUGUUGGUCGGUACGCAAGAUGCCAUCAGCGCCACCAACCCCAGGGUCAUUGAUGAUGCUCGUGCCCGGAAGCUCUCCAACGACCUGAAGCGUUCCACAUACUACGAGACCUGCUCCACUUACGGCCUCAACGUGGAACGAGUCUUCCAGGGCCUCGCCCAGAAGGUGGUGGCCCUGAGGAAAAAACAGCAGCUCUCCAUUGGCCCAUGCAAGUCCCUCCCUAAUUCCCCCAGCCACUCAUCUGUCCCCGCUGCGUCCAUCCCUUCUGUCCACAUCAAUCAGGCGGCUAACGGUGGGGGUGCCUUCAACGACUACUCGUCCUCAGUGCCCUCCACGCCUAGCAUGGGCCAGCGGGAGAUGCGGAUCGAGACCAUCGCCGCCUCCAACACGCCCACGCCCAUCCGCAAGCAGUCCAAGCGCCGCUCCAACAUCUUCACAUCGCGGAAAGCCAGUGAGCAGUCAAAGAGCAUUGACAGUAAAACUGACAGCAUAGGCAGUGGAAGGGCCAUACCCAUCAAACAGGGAGGCUGCCUCUGCCUCUACCUCCCCAGGCCUGGCUGCAGGGACUACAUGCAGAAUGUGCAUGGGAAGGAGAUCGAUCUGUUGAGGACCACAGUGAAGGUGCCAGGGAAGAGGCCACCGCGUGCUGUGGCCACGGUCGCCCCCACCGCCAGCCCCAAGACCAACGGCCUGCCCAAGGACCGCAGCACCCUGCAGCUGGGCAUCGGCACCUCUGGUGCGCCCCACUCCAACAGCAGCACCUCUCUGCAGUCCGAGCGGGGGGCCGGUGGUGCGGCGGGCCUGGCAGCCUUCGGUGGCAGUAAGGAGGGGAUGCACCAGCGCUCCUUCUCCGUGUCCAGCGCUGAGCAGUGGAACGAGGCCGUCAUCAACACCAGUGCCAGCAGCGGCGCCGCCAAUGGCAUGGCAGACCCGCUGACGUGCAGUCCCGCGAUGGGCAGUGCCACCAGUCCCAAGCUGGAGCCGCCACCUUCGCCUCAUGCCAACCGCAAGAAGCAUCGGCGGAAAAAGAGCACUGGCAUCACCAAACCAGACGGGAUGUCCGCAGGGACUGAGGAGCAAGAGGAGUCAUUCGAGUUCAUCAUUGUGUCACUUACCGGACAGAUGUGGCACUUUGAGGCGUCAACAUUUGAGGAGAGGGAAUUAUGGGUACAGGCCAUUGAGAGCCAGAUCUUUGCCAGUCUACAGUCCUGCGAGAGCAGCAAAAACAAGUCACGGUUAGGCAGCCAGAGUGAUGCUGUGGCCAUCCAGUCCAUCAGGAACGUGAGAGGAAACAGCUUCUGUGUGGACUGUGACGCCCCCAACCCCGACUGGGCGAGCCUGAACCUGGGCGCUCUGAUCUGCAUCGAGUGCUCAGGGAUCCACCGUAACCUGGGCACACACCUGUCGCGCGUGCGGUCCCUGGAUCUGGACGACUGGCCCGUGGAGCUCAGCAUGGUCAUGGCUGCCAUCGGCAACGCCAUGGCCAACAGCGUGUGGGAGGGGGCCCUGGAGGGCUACACCAAGCCAGGCUCAGACUGCACCAGAGAGGAGAAGGAGCGCUGGAUCCGGGCGAAGUACGAGCAGAAGCUGUUCUUGGUGGGGCUGCCCCAGUCGGACGUGCCUCUGGGCCAGCAGCUGCUGCGGGCGGUGGUGGAGGAUGACCUCCGCCUGGUGGUGCUGCUGCUGGCGCACGGCACCAAGGAGGAGGUCAACGAGACGUACGGCGACGGGGACGGCCGCACGGCACUCCACCUCUCCUGCGCCAUGGCCAACGUGGUCAUCACCCAGCUGCUCAUCUGGUAUGGAGUGGACGUGAAGAGCCGUGAUGCGCGCAGCCAGACCCCGCUGUCGUACGCCCGGCGCGCGGGCAGUCAGGAGUGUGCCGACAUUCUGCUCCAGCACGGUUGUCCCAACGACAGCGGCGUGGGCCUGGCCUCGGCCCCCACCCCCACCGCCACCCGCCGCAACCCCAACGCCAACAACAACAACGCCCAGUGCGAGCUCAACCGCAGCAUCAGCAUCAUGUAGGACCAGAGGAGGGGUGGAUGAGGACAACCCCCAACCCAUACCGACACUCCAACCCACCCGCACUGACUGACUGUGUCUCCCUUCCCUCGCAUACUGUGCCCAAGUCCACCACCCUCCUCACCGCCUCCCCAUCCCAGGUCCAAGAGCCCAGAUAGCAACAGGUUCUGGAGCAGAUGUGGCCUGGUUCUGGUGUGGAUCCGACCCAGUUCCAGACUCUGCUGCCAUCUGGCUGUUGGUGUUGGCCAGAUUGUGUCUCCAUUCAUUACCACUGUUCCCUCCUGUGUCUCCUCUCCCAUGUGAUUGUGGCGUCCGUCUCCCCACCCACUGCAGAGCAUGGCAGGCUGCCCCCUCUGUGAGCGUCUCGUGUCAGUGACCCUUGAGUGAGUUGGCUGUCCACCGUGCACUGUAUCCCCACCGAUUCCAUUACCAGAGCCCCGGGUCCUGGCCAUGUCUGCAAAGCUCACUCCACACACCCCAAGCAAAUCCUACCCCACCAACCAAGCCAACUGACCUCCCUUUAUCUCGGAAAACACACAACAAUACACACUCACAAACAGAGAUUUCACUGUGGGCACCCUCUUCUCUGGUCUGUAGUUCGCCCUACUUGAUGAACCUUUAUGCCACCUCCUUGUCCAGUAAAUUCAGGGAAAAUGGCCAUAAUAGGGAAGUGAGGACAUGAUCACAGGGCUUGAAGUUCUCAGGCACUGUGCCAGAACUGAGGCUUGGGCCAGGCCUUUUAAGAUUUGAACAUAGGUUAUUAUACAUAAAGGCUUUGACAUUUUCUGAUAACUUCAGGCACAAAAAUGUUCCUUGCUAUAAGCAGUCUAAUAAAUCUAAAACUUUACCAAAAUUUGAAGUGUGACAUUAUGUCAAGUUAUCAUUACUGUAAAGUUUUCAAGAGAGAUUGGGAUCUAGAAGGUCUCUUUAAGGUCACUGGAAUCCCAAGGGCAGCCUAUAACAUGUGUAGAUAAUAAUAGCCUCUGAAUAUAUUCAUCUUGUCAACAACUGCAUAAAACUUGCUGAACCAAUUUCAGCCUCAACUUCAACCUCUGACUGAUCAAUUUUAGGCCGCCUGUAUGAUGUUUACAUUUAACAGCUAAAAGUCUAAAACAAAGCGCAAACUCUGUGUUGUACAUGAGUAGUGGUUGGUGUAUGUAAUGGCGUUUUACGCUUAUUUAUAUCAGCACUACUUUAAUAUUGCACCACCUGGACAUUCAUUGGAACCUGGAUUAAAAACAAAAUGACAUCAGUUUUCAUUGAUUCGUCAUAUCGUAGUUAUAGAUAUAGGAGAGAUACAGUGAACAACACUAACCUUAGGAAGUGAACUUGUAAAAACAACAUUAGAAGUAAAAUUCAGGUCAAAGAUAGUUGUGGGAAACUAUGGAAUUAGAGAUCACUGUGAGGGCAGGUUUGAAAAGCCCCAUCAAACCCAACCUGAUUGUGUCAUAUAGAUGACCAAAGGGGUCACUGAAUUCCCUCCACCCCUGUGACAGGACUGAAGAGUGAGAUGCCAUGCAAAUGCCUCUUUAAACGCGUGAUACCUAGUGAUUACACUGAAACAGCCUCGUCUUGACCGGCUCUUUGCGUUUGUGGAUGGGGAGCUCUUGUGAUCCCCUACCAUUCUUUUGAACGAUGGGAAUGCUGUCCAUGUUCCUGGAGAAUGUGCCAGCCAGCGGAAUUGGUCAGCACUUGAGACAACAUCUGAACUGCCCGGCUCUCCAUUCCUGAAGUCCCUCUGCAACAUGUGAGUGGACGUGAAGGUGUGAGAGUGUCAUAGAGAAAAGCGCAGACACGGAGAGAGAGAGAGAGGUAAGGUGGAGGCCCAAGGAGAGGAAGUGCUCUUUAAACGUCAAAACUUUGGGAAGCAAAAACCAACAUGGCCGCAAGCCAGCGAGAUGGGAGAAAAUGAUGUACAGAUUCAUGUAAAAAGUCCCUAUUUUCCUCACAGCCAUUCCACUGUCGCGUGGACCCACUACCCCAGUGGCUCUCCUGGACUGGCUAUGACUCUUCCCUCUGAAACUAUUAUCCUAAUGUCCUGAUUCAGGGAACCUACCCAGUCCCAUUUAGGUACUAAACUUCAGUGUCUUGUCAUCUUGUAGAACAGACGAAGAAAUGACCUUCAGGUCUCAUCUGGUCACAAGGACUGGGAUUGCUUUGUUGACCAGUAGAUCUGAAUGUUCUCUGAUUCAUUGUGUGGCUGUAGUCUUUUUCCUUACAUUAUGAGUGACAUGGCCAUUUUUAGAUUUUUAGCAAAAAAUGCAUUAGAUAUAUUUCUGGAUUUAAGCAAGUAGCACAAGGUCUACAGAGGUCCGGUCUGUGUGAACCAGACUUCAAGAUUCUCCUACUCAAAGUCGUAGAUGUUUUACCAUGCAGUAUUUUAUGUUUACAGACCCAGGGUACUACUUAAGCAUGGUACCAUUAUUUUCUUUUUACCUAGUUGGUGUGCAGAGUCAUUAUGUCAAAUAACAUGACCUAUAUGCACACUAGGAGGGCAAUGAAAAAGAGAAAGAUCGUCAAAAAAAAGAACGUUGGGUGAACGUUUAAAUUGUAAACUGUCAUUAUAGUCUCUUUUGCUAGCUCCUUAUUUGGCCUCGUUACCAUUUGCAUCUGUGAUAUUUGUGCCUCAGAGUUUAUUGUGACCACCAAAGUGCUUUCAUAACACUGCCAUACGCUGAAUAGGGAGACGAUGUGACAAGUUCAUGCCAACAAACAAACUGCUCAAGAAGGCUGUGAUGUAAUACGCCAUUAUGACUUAAACGAUGCUACCAAAAGCCAUGCCAGCUCACUCUCUGUUGGGAGGGAGCCUCAAAGUGUCUGUUUUCAUGAGCUGUUGUCACACAGUAUGGCAGUAUUAUGGCAGACUGGUCAGAAGAAGGUUUUUUGUUGGGUUUUUUUCUCUCCAACAGCUAAACCUAAGUGGGUACAUACCUCUUAUUCAAUGCAUCACACACAGGUCACUAAGAAUAGACUGUUCUACAUUUGGGUUUUGUCUUUUGUUUUUUAAAUAAUGGGCAUUGUCUGUCAAAUGUUGUUUAAAUAUCAUUAUUUUGUUCAAUUCGGCUAUUCAACAUAAUGUUGAAAUAACAGAAAGCCUUCAAAGAAAAUAUUUGUUUUUAAUGCACCAACAAACCUGAAUCUGAAGAUAUUUGACCUCAACGAAGACUAUGUGAAAGAUGGUAUUUUACCCUUAGAAGAUACAAUAUGCUAUACCUUUGAUGUGCCCUUAGUGUUUGCGCCCGACCUCUGUGUUCUGACUACAGUCUUUCCGUGGGAAAGCUAGUUCUGGGAAUCUUUUAUGUUGUCUAAUGAAACAUUCAGAGUACAGUUAUAUGUAUGAAGCCUGAGUAGGCAAGAUGUAAAGAGGUGGGACUAGGAACAAGGCUUCAAGCUCUGUAGCCACUGCUACUAUUCCACUUUAAUGCUGUGUUUAUGAAUGGAUUACACAUGUUUAGCUAGACACAGUUAGAGAAAAGUGCCCUCUCUUCCAGUCAUUAUUAUUUUUUACCCCCAAAGAUCACUGGUUGAAGAUAUAGGUAGAUAUAUCAAGCUAGGACCUUGGACCUUAUCCUAAGCAGUCUGAAUGUGUUGUGUGAGUUUUUUUGCCAUGUACAGAUAUGGGUGCACUAGCAUGAAAAAGAGGAGAUUUUCAGAGGUAAAUAUAAGGCAAGUGACCUUUUGUGUGAGGUGUUUAAGGGGCAGCACCUGAAAGCUAGUUUCUGCUCUAGGAAGGAAUUGGGCCUCUAGGUAUGAGCUUUGUCCUGACUAACAGCCAUUCAUGCUUUCAGGUGCACUAGCACUGUCUUCAACUGUUAGAUAGCAAUGGCCUCUUUCCCUCAUAAACAUUGUAUCUUUUACAUUACUUUGGUUUUAUCUCUUUUUAAUGAUGUUUUAGGUACUUUUAUUUGGUCAUUUUUGGCCAUUUUAAGGUACUUUGUGUAAAAUGAUGUACAUUUGACAUAUUUAUAAUGCAGGAUGUAAAUAUUGUUUUGUUUGUUUUUGUUCUUUUUUGUUUUGUUUUUGUUAAUUUUCCAUUGUGUUUAAUUUCCAUGUUCCAAGUGUGAAAUCAAGCAAAAGCAAGAGAGUAACCUGUUGUGUGAUUGGAUGCUUGGCUGGCAAUUGACCUAUUAAACCAUCCCAAUAAAAAUGAUUUAUACCAUA